AACAAGCGGUACCAUUGUGUACACUAUCUAGUAAUAUCAAGCUACAAAAUAAUACUAUUGCAAUGUUAUGAUUAUUGUGUCAAAAUAUUCAAGUAUAAUAAUUGCAGGUAAUUAAGUAAAAGAACGUUUGUGUUGUCAAGUAAAGUAAAGUAGUACGUUCGAACAAGUUUUAUUAAAAAUAUGGCGGAUCAAUGCGUGGAUACCGACGAGGGAGAUUGUUCUCCAGCAAAAAAACUUAAACUAGAUGUAGAAGACACUACUGAAAAAAACGAUGACAUGCAUGAAGCUGAAAUCAAUUUAUCCACCUUUGAAAUGAAAAGAAUAUUACAAAAUAAUAUUACGAGAAAACAAAUCUAUAUUGAAGGUACUUUCAAAGGUAGCGAAAGUCCCGCUAUUCUUUCAUUAGAAAAGACUACUUUUCCUACAGACGAAAUUUUUUUAAAGGAAGGAUUUUUUAAUGAAGAUACUACUAUGCAAAAAGUUUUUAGUAAUCAUAUUUAUGGAAAUUAUAAAUGUUUUCCAGUAAAAAAAUAUAAUGGUUUAAAAGUAUUGUUAAUACAUCCUGCUACAUCAAAACACAUUGAAAAGUUUAAAAAAAAAGACUUACAUAUCGUGGAUGAGACAUAUGAAUUAUACGAAAAAAUUACUUUACCUCAUAUUACAUCACAACAAUUUUCUUUAGAGUGGAUAGAUAAUAUUCUAGCUCAUAAAGCUGAACAAGAUAAAAUUGUAUACGAGGAUACAAAUAAAGAAACAGGUUUUAUAAUAGUACACGAUUUAAAAUGGGAUGGGCAACCUCAGUCACUAAAACUUUUAGCCCUUCCAUUUCAAAAAGUUAGAUCUAUGAGAGAAUUAAAUGCAUCGCAUCUUCCUCUAUUGAGAAAUAUACGUGAUUCUGGAACAGCAUGCAUAUCUGAAAAGUACAAUAUACCUUCGACUCAACUUAGGAUAUAUCUUCAUUAUCAACCAUCAUAUUAUUAUCUACAUGUUCAUUUUUCCUAUCUCAUGUUUGAAAAUUCAGGAGUACACAUUUAUAGGGCACAUCUUUUAUCCACUGUUAUAAAUAAUCUAGAAUUAAUGCCAGACUACUACACAAAAUGUAUUCUCUCAUUUUUGGUAUUUGAAGGAGAUGAAUUAUGUACUAAAUUCCGGGAACAUGGAAUUGUGGGAAAAAAGAAAUCUGAGUCUGAAGAAACAUAAGUGAGAUUUAUAAAACAAAAUUAUUUUAUAAAAAUUAUUAUAUAUAUAUAUAUAUAAAAC